GAUUCUGGUACUUUCGACGCGUCUGUGGACGGUCCGCUCUGUUCGUGUCGGGACGGUGGGGGUGUUGCGAGUUGGCUGUUCGAGAGCAGCUGCGAAAGCCCCUCUUCGUCCUCAGCGUCGAGGGGAAGGCGUUCGUUGGUCCUUUCUCUCCGUCUUAAGUGAGGCGUCGCCGGCGCGUGGAACGGAGCUUCCGGGGAGGGAUCCUCCGGGAGAAGGCAGCGAUGUCCCGCUACGUGAACGACCUGUGGCCGGGCUCGCCCUCGGCCGCGCGCUCGGGCCGGUCCAGCCGGCUGUCCUCGGCGUCCGGCAGCCGCUCGUCCUCCGGAAGCUCUGGGGCCCGGGCCCGCGUCUCGAGUCGGUCGGCGUCCGGGAGUCGGAGCCCGCCGCGGAGGGCGGGCCGCGCCGGGGCCCGGGCCAGGAGGCGCCGCCAGCGGAAGUACAGGCGCUACUCGCGCUCCUACUCGCGCAGCCGCUCGCGGUCGCGCGGCCGCCGGCGCCGGGACGGGCGCCCCGGGUCUCCCUGGCGGCGCCGCUCCCGCAGCAGGUCGCGCUCCCGGGGCCGGCGGUGGCACCGCGGGGCCUGUGCGGCCGCGCGGCGGCGGCGCCCCUGCGGCUCCGGGCGCACGCCCACCCCGGAGGGGCGCGGGUGUUGGAGGGCCCGCUCCAGGACGAGGUCGCGGAGCCGGACCCCCUUCCGCCUGAGUGAGGAAGAUCGAAUGGAGCUGUUAGAAAUAGCAAAAGCCAAUGCAGCAAAAGCUUUAGGAACAACCAACUUUGAUUUGCCAGCUAGUCUCAGAACUGCUCUUGUAUCAAAAGAAACAAACCGUGGACCAGCUGUACCAAAUAAUUCUUCAAAGUUUGAGCUGCCGGAAAAGCUAACAGAAGAUGGAACUAAAAAGCCCAAUGAAAAGUCUUCCCAGCAAAAAAGCAUAGUUUUUAGCUCUAAUAAUUCUGUAGCAAAGCCAAUGCUUCAGAAAUCAGCUAAAGCUACUGCUCAAGAGACCUCCUCAGGAUCCCCAAAAAUAAAUCUGAAGAAAAGUCCAUAUGGACUGUGGAUACCUGUCUGAAAAAGAAAACUAAAAAGCUGAGGUUGCCUGAAAUGCACUUUAUUGCAUGUUUGUGUUUCUAGCAUUAUUGUCUCCCUCUGAGCCAUUUAGUGGUAACUGGUGAAGUUACAGCGACACAAAAAGAUGUAAAUACUUAAUAUUUAAAUGUUAACAUUUCUUUACAGAUAUGAGAUAGCACAAAUGAAUGAGAGGUUACGUACAGGUGGGAGUCUUUUAUAUAUAUAUAUAUAUAUAUGUAUACACUUGUGAAUGUUUUGUAUAGUAUCCGUUGGUUUAUAGAGGUGAAAUUUAUAAGACAAACACAGUAAUUGAACUGUGUUUGUGUUGUAUAUAUUUGUUAAUAAAUUUCUUGUUUUUAUUA